AUGCCUGUGUUCGUGGUUACUUACCGUGGCGAGGAAAAGAAAUUUACACCUGAGGAGAUAUCCUCAAUGAUCCUCAUGAAGAUGAAAAAUAUAUCCGAGGCUUUCCUUGGUAGCACUGUUACGAAUGUUGUUGUCACUGUGCCAGCAUACUUCAAUAAUUCACAGCGUCAAGCAACCAAAUUGCAGGGCUCAAUGAAGCAUAAGAAAGAUAUCAGUAAUAAUAAUAGAGCUCUUGCUAAAUUAAAGGCUGCUUCAGAGAGAGCUAAAAGGAUUCUUUCAAUGAACUUUCAAACUAUUGUUGAGGUCGAUUCUCUUUUUGACAACAUUGAUUUUACAUCGACCAUAACCCGUGCACGUUUUGAGAAUUUGAAUAUGGAUUUGCUUAAGAAGUGUCUGGAUACUGUAAAAGUGCUUAGAAGAUGCCAAGAUAGGAAAGGACGGAAAAUGGUCGGUUCCAAAUCUGUUUCACAAGAAAGUGAAAAUGAACCAAAAAUAUUUAGCAUAUCUUAUGGUUCCAUUGACACAUUUGAUGAUAUUCUCCAAUUCAAGGGGAUUCACUACGUAGUUGAUAAGCUUAGGAAGCUUUACAUAAUGUCUUUUACAGCAUUUGGAAAGCUUGAAAUCAUCAUCAAUGAAUUGUCAGGUCAUACUUUUGAUUUGCAGAAAUAUAGAUUGAUGCUAUUGAUUAAAGAAUUUGGGGAACUGAAAGAUAUAACAAAGGCUUUAGAUGAGCAGGAUUUCAUGCAUAAGAAAUUUGAGGAAACUUCCACUAUGUUGAAAGAACGGUUGGCUCCUACGGAUUGUAUUUACUACAUAUUGAGUUUGAAGUUGACAUUUGAAGUUUAUGUGCUGGAAUAUGAGAUUAGGUCAUACCAGGAGAUGGUAGGUGUUCCCUUAAAGCAGAUGAGUGAGGAUAAUCAGCAACUCACUUGGUUUAAGAAUAAAUCUGCCCUCUAUCAACGGCAAAAGAAGGCGAAUGAGGAACUUAAUAACGUUCUCUCUGAGAAGCUCAGGAUUAAAAUGGAUAAAAUCGGAUCGAUCAUUGCAGAUAUCUCUUCGGCAGAAAAUUCCUUCUCUUGGCCUUUAUAG